AUGGUGUUCCUAAAAGAUCGAACUUGCAGCUGUAGAAGGUUUCAGUUGGAUGAGCUGUCAUGUGCACAUGCUUGGGCAGUAUUAAAAUACAAAUACAUUGAGUAUUGCUCGGUAUACUAUACCAGGAAGUACCUAUUGAAGACCUAUGAAAUUCCAAUUUAUCCGGUACCUAAUGAAAGCACAUGGAAAAUUCCUGCAGAAGUUCUAAAUGAAAAAGUCUUGCCACCAGACGUGACUAAAACAAUAGGAAGGGCAAGGAAGGAGAGGUACAAGCCAAUAUCUGAAAAGAAACGAAAAAGGUCGAUUUCAUGUGGACAGUGUGGAGAAGAAGUUCACAACAGGAAAACUUGUAGAAAUAAUCCAAAGAGAGGAUGA